CCAAGACCUGGACGAAGCAGGACGUUCGUCACUUACUAACCACCAGCUGGAGACUUGAGGCGACCGCUUUUUGGGUUGCUUUCGCGAUCGUUAACGUUUAAGGGCGUUUCGGGGCAGCCGUAAAUUCGUGUGGUGUCCAGCGUUUUCAGUUAAGCGGGAAGUAGAAUCGUAAAAGUACUAUAUUUUACAGUGCAUUUAACUGACGGGCCGUGGACAUACUAAACGUACUUCCCCGUCGCAGCCAGAGCCAAAUCAAGGUGUCCCCGGGGAGUGCGCACGUGACUUUGCAGGCUUUGCAUAAUCGCUGCCACCAGCAGCUUAAGCAUUGGUUGGACAACAAACGAAUUAUAUCCCAGUGGCAUCCGGUAGCGGGAAACAAAACACGGUGUUACAUAUUUCUGUGUGCGCGGUGUCCGUUGUGGAUUGGUUUUUUUUUUGCUAGUUACUUGAAACAGUGUUUACAUGUCGUUACAAGUGUCGUGUCGCUAGACUUUCAACGUACUUUGUGCGUGUGUGUGUUUAACUGAAGACAAAAAAGGUGCAUUUAUUGCUAACGAACGUUUAAUGUAAGGCAAGUCUAUUUUGAACAACAUUCACACGAUCGUCUGAGUUUGUUGAUAAAGAUGGCACGCAGCUUUAUGGACCUGAUCUGGGACUACGCGGUGUUCGUGGUGUUUAUCAUCUUCUCCACUCUGUACCCGCUGUGGGGCCGGUUUUUCGGCAAAAAGGAGAAAACCAAGGCGGACUAUGUGUUCGGACUCGGGACGAUAUCGAUGGGUGCGAUGAUGCUGUCGAUCGCCCGCGGCACGCUGGGUGUACGGUCGGUGCUGGGCUACCCGAGCGAGCUGUUCUACCGCGGGUCGGCCAUGUGGGAAACGCUGUACGGCAUGGUGACCGCCUACCCGCUGGUGUGCUUCAUCUUCAUCCCGGUGUACUUCAAUCUGGGCGUCACGUCCGUCUACCAGUAUCUGGAUCUGCGCUUCAACAGCCGGCUGGUGCGCUGUCUCGCGUCCGGUACGUACAUCGUGCGCUCGCUGCUGAACCUGGGCGUCACGGUGUACACGCCGACGGUGGCCAUGAACACGGUGAUUGGGAUUCCCUACUGGGCGUCUCUGAUUGGCAUUUCGGCCAUCAGCAUUGGGUUCAAUCUGCUCGGCGGGCUGAAGGCGGCCAUCACGGCAGACGUCAUCCAGAGCGUGACGAUGAUCCUGAUCUCGGUGGGCAUUAUCAUCCAGUCGAUGGUGACGGUGGGCGGGUUCGGGGAGAUUUUCACCAUUCCAGCCAAUGAUGGUCGUUUGAGCUUUUUCAACUUUACCGGCGAUGCGACGGUGCGCGUCGAUACGACGUCCGCCUGGCUCGGGCAGCUGUUCAUGUCGCUGAGCAUCUUCGGCUGCCAGCAGAACUUUGUGCAGCGCUACCUGAGCAUGGGCACGUUCAAGGAGGUGCGGCGCACGCUGAUGAGCAACAUCCCGGUGGUGAUUGCGCUGUUCUGUCUCGCGUGGAUCGUCGGCAUGGGCGUGUACGCGGUGUACGCCGUGUGCGAUCCGAUGAAGGCCGGCUACACCAACAAGAUGGACGAGAUCCUGCCGUUCUUCGUGGAGGACAAGUUCGCCUACCUGCCCGGUGUGCUCGGUAUCUUCAUGGCUUCCCUGUUUAACGGGGCGCUCAGCCUGAACGUGUCCAACCUGAACUCGCUCGCCACGGUCACGUGGGAGGACUUCCUGUCGCAUCUGCCCCGGUACAAGGGCAUCAGCGACAAGCAGCAGCUGAACGUGAUCAAGUUCAUCGGCUCGAUCUACGGCGUGAUCGUGAUGGGCGUCGGCUUCUCGGUCGGGCUGCUGUCGGGCGUCAUCGAGAGCAGCAUGCUGAUGACGUCGGCCACCUCGGGCCCGCUGUUGGGAGUGUUUCUGCUCGCGAUGCUGGUCCCGAUCGCCAACUGGAAGGGAGCCGCCUGCGGCAUGAUCGUGUCGCACAUCCUCACGCUGUGGAUAACGUUCGGCAGCUUGACCGUGUCCAAGGAGGUGGUACUGCUACCGACCACUAUUGAGGGUUGCACAAAUGACACCUUCUCUUCGGGCAUCACAAAACCCACCAAAUCCUGGCUGCUGGCAAACACCCCGCUCGAGGUAGAGUCAGAGUUUCCAUACUUUGACACCACGACGCACGCGCCGCUCGAGCGGACGAUCGGUUUCCCGGAAAAUAUCUACUCCGUCUCGUACAUGUACUACAGCCUGAUCGGCACCUUCCUUACCGUGGCGGUCGGUGCGCUGGUGAGCGUGCUGACGUCACACGCGGACGAUGCGUACGACCGCAAGCUGCUGCACCCGUUCGCGUAUUACUGCAGCAAGCUGUUCCCGGGCAAGGAGCGCCGGUACAUCUCCAAUCCCGACAUUCGCCCGAAGGAUGUGGAGUCGGCCGACAGUGGCACCAAGAAGUCGCCCCUCGACGAGCUGGAGCGUGACAACCACGGGUUCGACACGGUCUCGGAGCAGUCCGGUGUGACGGUGGUCAGUGUGGAUCCGCUACCGCCCAAGCUGGACCGGCCCGAGGUGUACCGGAAGACGGCAGACCCCGAAGCUGAUCGCUGAUGUUCGCCCGACCUCGCGGUCCAGCGGUCAACAUAGGCUCCUCGCAAGCAUAGUAAUAUACACCUUUAAAGACUGUGAUAAACUCAGCGAAACUUACCGUUUACGUGCAGCCACCAUACUGUUAGGACCAAUCUAACCACCACGGAGCACGGGCGUUGCGUCUGUUUUGCGUCCCCGAAGAAUUGGGGAUCUGGAUUUGUUUGCUUAUUUUUCUAGCCACUAUGCCACAAUAGUAUUCGACGUGUCCAUUUGUGUGUGAGUUUGCGUGAGAGUAGUACAAGAGAAAAUACAAGUAAAAGCAAGAGAGAGAGAGAGAGAGUGAGGGAGAGAGAGAGAGAGGCGAUGAGAGGGGUCUUUUUUUCUCAGCAUGACGAGUAGCAAUUCAAGUUGAUCGGGUAGGAUCUAAUAGGCAACACACCUUGUUACUCUAAGCAGCGUAAGAUUAAGCAUCGUGCAUCUGCAGCGUUAAGGCGAACACUAGGGAAAAGGGUAUGAACUGGAACUUAUUCGUAUAUUUAAUUGUAAGAAAAGUCGUAUGAAGGCAGACUUUGUAUGAAAAAUGUAAAAAAUAAAUUAUGAGCUAUUAAUUAAACAAA